CCUGCCUUGAGCCUGCCUCACCUUGAUUGACAGUUUCGGCAUCACUAUUCAGUUCCCUUGGUAUUAAUACUUGUCCUUUCCCUCGGAUUUCUAUCUGCUCUCCAUCAUUGUCUAUUUGCUCCAGCCUGGAGCCAGCUCAAAUUGUGCAAAUCAUGAUAGCUCAUGACUCAACUAGCCUUUUGAACUAUGCUCCCAACUUUAUCCCUCUAGAGGAAUUGAAGAGUGCAUGCACUCACAGCAAAGCCUGGGUAUCUAUUGACGGAUUGGUAUAUGAUCUAACUGAGUUCAUUUGUCAACACCCGGGGGGCAAGGACUUCAUCUUAUUGGCAGCCGGAAAAGAUGUGACAAAGGUCUUCGAAGCAUAUCAUGGACAAAAACAGCACCACAUUUUACAAAAAUUUCGGAUUGGGUUGCUAGUAGGACAGGAUGUGCCUUCUUUUCCACCUUCAGAUGAUUUCUUUUUGACACUCAAAAGACGUGUCAACAAUCACUUUUGGGCUUUCAAAAUAGACCCAAGACACUCUGCAGGAGCAUAUAUCAGAUAUAUCUCCACUGCCCUCAGCAUAUGGAUCUUGUAUGGGUUGCAGUGGUGGUUGCCAUCUAACUCAUUCUGGGUAUUCUAUCUUGUUUCUGUUGCACAUGGUGUCGCAUUGUCUCAGUACAGUGUCACUGCUGUGCAUGAUGGUUCUCAUGGUGCCAUUGGCCAUAACCCAAGAGUCUGGAGACUUCUUCUUAUUGGUCAUGAUUUUUUUGUCGGGUGUUCAAGCACAUUAUGGACAUACCAGCAUGUUAUGAGCCACCACAUUUUCACAAAUGUUGACGGUUAUGAUGCUGACAUUGAAACAUCUGAGGUUGAAUUCUGGCGCAUCAAAGACUCUCAGAAAUACUUUAGCAUUUACCAGCUCCAGUCUUUCUAUUCUCCUAUCCUUUAUAUUCUCCUUGGUUGUGCUGUCCGUUUCGAAGAUUUGACUCAUUAUUUUGCUGGUCAUCGAGGCCCAUUGAAGGUGAAUUCUUUCACAUUUUCGCAGAAAAUGAUAUUUUGGAAUGGAAAGUUGUUCUUUUUUACAAGCCGCAUUGUUCUUCCAUUGUUCUGGGGAAUUACUCUUUCACGAGUUAUCUCAGCGUUUCUGGUGGCAGAUUUCACAUUAUCCAUCAUCCUUGCAUUGAUUUUUCAGGCCACCCAUGUUGUCGAUACUGCGGCAUUCCCAGUGGUGAAUCCUAAAACCGGGAACAUCGAUGUUGACUGGGCACGCUUACAAGUAGAGACAGCACAAGAUUACGGUCAUGAUCGACCAUUCACAACCUUCUUCUCGGGUUCCCUUAACUACCAGGUGGUUCAUCAUCUUUUCCCGUAUAUCGCUCAAGAGCACCUCCCAGCAGUUGCAAAAAUUGUGCGCCAGACUGCUAAAGAGUACGGGGUGAAGUACGAAGUCAAAGAUAGUCUCUGGACUGCUAUCGGAGGACAUAUUGGACUGCUUCGAAUGUUGGGAACUCCUCCACAUUCUCAUUGA